UGUUUCUCCCAAACAGGGACACUAUGGAGUUCUACCCAGAUCAGGGUUGUGACUGCACAGAGUUGCUUGACUGGCUGUUUGAUAAAAACGAUGGGAUUCUUCGUAACGAGGACACAGGAGACCACAGCAACUAUCACAGCUGGUCGUUUCAGGAGCCAAAUAUGCUGCCGCCAGCUGAGCAAACAGGGAAUGACUUUCUCAACGCCCUUCUGAGUGGAGGUGAUUCUGUGUCCACCUCACCUCUGUGGUCUCCGUCUCCAAGCGACAGUGGGGUCAGUGAGGGCACUCCGUCAGACCAGAUGGAUAGUCCUCAGCGUCCUGAAAGUCCUCCGGAUGCUCCCUGCUUUGGUCCAGGACCACAAACCAAGGCAGCCCUGGAGACCAAUGACUCCACCGACCUCUGUGGCUGGGAGUUUGGCUUCCCAAUGGCCAAGACCAGGACUUCACCGUACCCUACAGAUGUACACAGACCUCAGUCGAGCUUCCUGCUGACUGUCAAAGACUUGCUGCUGUCGGGCACUCCAGAGCCACCCCAACAGCCAUCACAAAAGUCCAUCCAGGAGCUGAUUCUCAAUGAAGAUGAGAAGAAACUUUUAGCCAAGGAGGGGGUCACCCUGCCCAGCCAGCUACCUCUUACAAAGCACGAGGAGAGGAUCCUGAAGAAAAUACGCAGAAAGAUUCGCAACAAGCAAUCUGCUCAGGAGAGCAGGAAAAAGAAGAAGGAGUACAUAGAUGGGCUGGAAAACCGAAUGUCUGCCUGCAAUGCCCACAACCAAGAGCUGCAGAGAAAGGUGUCCCAGCUGGAAAAAUGCAACAUGUCACUAAUGGAGCAGCUGCGCAGGCUGCAAGCUAUGGUCAUGAAUUCAUCCAACAAGUCAGCUCAGACCGGGACAUGCGUGCUGGUGCUCUUGCUGUCCUUCUCCCUAAUCCUGUUCCCCAGCCUCAAGCCUUUCUCUGACUCUCAGGUCAGCCAAGGAGACUUCAGUCCAGUCAGAAUCCAGUCACGGUCCCUGCAGAACCUCCAGGCUUCCCGCGUGCUGCAUGUCAUUGACCCAUCGUUCUACACCGAGGAUAAAUCGGAGCCUCUGCACCAGCAUUUCCCCGAAGAGCAGGGAUUGGAAGAUAUUGCUGCCCUGAUGGGAGAGCUGGCAGUAAAAGAAGAACAGAGCAGCUUGGAGUCCGUGUCUCUUAACAGCAGUCAGGAGGACAGAAUCAGCCAUUUCCAUGUAGACCCAAUUACCGGUUACAUAGCUACCGUUACUUUAAAUCCCCAUCGCCCUGCCAGGCUACGGCCACACGCUGAUGACAUGUAAGAGA